UACGCGGGCGGCGGGCAGGCGGCAGCAUUCCCUCGCCAUGUCCACCGACGCAGACACCCACUCACCAAGCAGCUAGCCUAGCCUAUAUAACAACAUCGCCACCGGCACAUACAUACUACACCACAGCGCAGCAUUCUGCCAAGACCCAAGAGAUUUUUCUGUGUUUUCACGCACAAAGAGAUUGCGCCCCGGUAGCGUCCCUUCUCGAACGAUCUUGCGAUUGUUCGAGCUUGCAAGGUCAAGGACUACAAUGGUGAACCUGGUGGCGGCGCAGAAACCGCUGCUGCACUUCCUGGUCAGGAUGGCCGGGCUGCGGCAGCACACCGUCGACGUCGACGGCGCCGGCACGGUGAUCACCUUCUGGGUGCCCAAGGACAAGGUCCCCAAGGAGAAGGGCACCGUGCAGGACAUCAAGACGCCCGCGGCUCCGGCGGCGGCCAAGGAGGGCAGCAGGCCCGCCGUCGUGCUCGUGCAUGGCUUCGCCGCCGAGGGCAUCGUCACCUGGCAGUUCCAGGUGGGCGUGCUGGCGAAGCACUACGACGUGUACGUGCCGGACCUGCUCUUCUUCGGUGGGUCGACGUCGCCGUCGACGGACCGGUCACCGGGGUUCCAGGCGGAGUGCCUGGCGACGGCGCUCCGGAAGCUGGGCGUGGGCCCGUGCACGGUGGUCGGGUUCAGCUACGGCGGGAUGGUGUCGUUCAAGAUGGCGGAGGCGCACCCGGACCUGGUCCGGUCGCUCGUGGUGUCGGGCUCCGUGCUCGCCAUGACCGACUCCCUCAGCGAGACCACGCUGGAGGCGAUCGGCGUCAAGUCGUCGGCCGAGCUGCUGCUGCCGGAGUCCGUCAAGGGGCUCAAGGCGCUGCUCUCCGUCGCUGCCUACCGCAAGCUCUGGUUCCCCGACCGCCUUCACAGGGAUUUCCUCGAGGUGAUGUUCACCAACCGCAAGGAGAGAGCCGAGCUGCUGGAAGGUUUGGUGGUCAGCAACAAAGACGCCACCGUGCCCGUCCUGUCUCAGAAAAUACUUCUGCUGUGGGGAGAGAACGACAACAUUUUCAACAUUGAGCUCGCCAAGACCAUGAAAGAGCAGCUCGGCGAGAAGACGAUGCUGCAGAGCAUAAGCAAGGCAGGCCACCUGGUGCACCUGGAGAGGCCCUGCGUCUACAACCGUCUCCUCAAGGAGUUCCUGGCGUCCGUCACGGCUGCUGAAACCACCAAGGAUUGACUGGAAUUGGAGCCGAGUUGGCCGCCUACAUUUGCCACGAAUUCUGAUGAAUAUCAACACAACUCUGCUCUGCUCUGCUCUGUCGAAAUAAAACGAGAGAGAACGGGCUGCCACCACCCAAUAUGUCUAUUGUACUAUUGUUGUUUGAGAAAGAUUUUUUCUAGCAAGAAUCAACGCUUCUCCCUGUCUUGUCGCUCAGGAUCAA